AUGAGCGAGUCCAUUGUUGGUUUCGUAGAAGCCGGCUCUGAGCUGGGCAUCCUCUCUGAAGAUGGGAAAAACUGCUUCAAUAUCUAUUGUCCAAGUUGCAAGAGUUUUAUUUUACGUAAACUGCAAGGGUCUAAACUCUUUCCUACAUCUAUUCAUCCAACUCUUGGUCAAGAUCUAACGAAUAUUCGUAUGCCUAGCAUUCAUAAAUCAGAUAAUUGCUCAGCCACUGCUUCACCUUUCUUUUGGCUAGUAUCAGACAUGAUGCAGUUUGAAAAUAUUGGGUUUUCUCGACCUAUUCAUGAUACUACUACAAACACUAAAGUAUAUACUAUCGAUCGAUAUCUCUCUUGUGCAGACUGCGAUCUAGGUCCAUUGGGAUGCUCGGUUCUACUUGCUGAUAAACCUGAUACAUCUACUUGUCCCAGCAUCGUUGAAUCCAACCCACUUUCCGAUCAACCCAUCGAAACAAUCACCACUGCUGCUCCUACCAAACUGCUCAUGAUUGCUGCCGAUAGAGUGAGAUACAAAUUGAUUGAUUAAACCAUUCGUUUAAAUUUAUUAUGCAUUGUAAAAUAGAACAGGGUUAUCUCG